CUCCGCUUCCAGAGCACCGUCCCUGUCCCCCCCCCCCCUUCGUAACUUAAAAAGUGCGGUCACUCACCGCUCACUAUAAUAUAAUACAAUAACUUACAACCUCUCCUUAAAGCGGCUGUGGCGAUUUAUUUAUUUUUGCAAAACUAAGCUUCAGAACGAAUAAACUGUAAAAUAUUAGAGAACGAAUAAAUCACAGUUAAUCAUAACACUGCGGCAUAAUAUUUAAUAACUCAUUUAUCAUUCAACUUCACGUUUGUUACGUUUUGCGCACGUUGUAUUUUGAAAGUUCUAGAACAUUCAGUGAUUACGUACCACUUGAUAUUUAACGUAGAUAAGAUUUGCCUAUUUAAACGAAAACCACGGGUGAACUCCGCAUUCUGUUUUGAGCACUUCAGCGUCUCUCACAGUAAUGGCUUUCUCAAACCUUCUCCUGUUCCUUUUGGCUGAAUUAGGCUUCUUUGUGGAUAAAGCUGCUCCUGCAGGCUGCAGCUCCCUCAUGAAGCCCUUUCCAGCCCUUUGUGAUUUGGGCAUUGGGUGGGGCGUGGCGAUACUAACGGCAGUGGGAGGGACAGCCCUGGUCUCGCUAAUCCUGGCCGUGCUGCUGACCUGCCGCUUGUUGGGGGUUGCAGAGAGUGAAAGGCGUAGCAGGGUCACAGCACUGCUCCUGAUGUUGACCUCCAUCUUCGGGCUCUGUGGCCUCAGCCUUCUACACCUCAUUCAGGAUGGCUGGUUUGCUUGCAUCGCCCAGCAUAUCCUCUUGGCAGUGCUGUUUUUCCCAUGCCUUGCAUGUCUGCUGACACAGGGCAUGAGGCUGUACUGGCUGCCAAAGCGUUAUCGCAGCUGUAGUAUCCGAGCCCUGGGGGGACUGAUUGUGGUCUUGGCCCUGGGGCAAGUAUUUGCAGCUACCCAAUGGGUGGCUGUAAUUGCUGUGUACCAGGACCAGCUGACCUGUCAGUCCCACACGCUGCACAUCGUCAUGCCCCUCAUCUUUGUGGUGGUCCUGCUCGGUGCGGCACUUUCAGGCGUGGCAUGGAGUUGCUGCAGGAAGCAGCAGCACUGGAAACGUGGGGCUGUGCUGCUGCUUGCCACAGCACUCAUGUCUGCCCUGCUGUGGGCCACCAGGAUCACCUUCUAUAUGCAUGCAAAUGCAGCGUUUGCUCUACCCUCCAAGUGGGACAGUUUUGAGCAAGCAAUAGUGCUCCUGGUGCAGGUGUGGCUGCUGUUAUUCCUCCAUGCCAUCCCUGAGGCCCAUGCCUGGCUGAACCAGCCCCCUGAGCCCAUGCUGCUGGAAAGAAUCAACGCCUUGUGGGCCCCGACACAGCUGAGCUUUAGUGGGGACACUUCCCUGUCCUCCUUGGAGUCUGAGGAGCCCGAAGACUCAGUGUCCUUCAGCAGCACCAGGCUCAUAAUCCUAGAUGAGGAACCAGUGACCUCCGCCGACCCCCCCUAUACAUCAGUGUAGAGCUGUGGAGACUGUGCAUGUUUUUUGGCGACAGACAGACAGUGGCAGACCACCAGUGGGACUAGACAUCCCAUUAAAAAAUUCAAAUGUAUAUAAGUUGAAUGUCAAGAUUUUAUCUAUAUAUGUAAAUAAUAAAAAUGUAUAAUGAAA